AUGAAAAUCCUGUUCAGUGACGUUCUGCUGCUCAGCCUGCUCUCCAGCGUGUUCAGCAGCUGUCCCAGGGACUGUCUCACCUGCCAGCAGAAGCUCCGCCCGGACCCAGACAGCUUCAACUUGAAGGUGUGCAUCCUCCAGUGUGAAGAAAAGGUCUUGCCCAGUCCUCUCUGGACUGCAUGCGCCAAAGUCAUGACCAGCGGCUCUGGGCAGCUCAGCCCUGCUGACCCAGAGCUCGUGUCAGCGGCUCUUUACCAGCCAAAAGCCUCGGAGAUGCAGCACUUGAAGCGAAUGCCCCGGGUCAGGAGCUUGGUGCAAGCGACAGAUACAGAACCCAGCACAGAUGAUGCCGAGCAGGUGGAGCAGAAGCAGCUGCAGAAGAGGUUUGGGGGCUUCACUGGGGCCCGGAAGUCAGCCCGGAAGUUGGCCAACCAGAAGAGGUUCAGUGAGUUUAUGAGGCAGUACCUGGUCCUGAGCAUGCAAUCCAGCCAGCGCCGGCGCACUCUGCACCAGAAUGGCAUCCAGGUGAUCCCCCGAACAGCAUGUGUCCACGCCCAGACCUGCCGGCCGGGAAUCAGGAUUCCUUCUUCCCUGAGGCACUGAGUACCCACAGCACCUCCCUGUGCCCCGUCCUCACCCUCUUCCCCACGGCAUGUUUCACCGCAACCCUGUUGCUAUAUCAGAGUGUAUUUUUGUAAUUCCUCCAGCUAACAUUUU